AUGGACACCGUCUUCCGCCCGGAAGUCAGCUCCAUUGCCAGGGGAUUUGGGAGCUCAUGGUCGGUAUCGCGCGAUGGAGCUUGGCGCCUGUCGAAUUACCGGUGCGGAAUGGCGUUCCCCUGUAGGAGGAGCGAGGGUCGCCGCUGGACCAGGCUGAGGAGUUCGCUCAAGGUGUCGUGCGCCUCCGUUGAUUCUGCGAUGAUGGAGGAGCUGGGACUCGGGGGACUGGAUCUCCGGAACCCGGCCUUGUCUUCUUCCCACCGGCCGUCGUGGAUCGCCCCGCCGAAUCAGACGGUGCUGGAAGCCCAGGCGAGGGUCUGCACGGGACCGACGCAGACGAGACCGCUGAGCGAAGAACAGGCCUUCAAAGUUUUCGGCACAAUCCUCCGUUCAGGUUGAAUUACUCUUGGAGUCUUUGACUUCAUUAGUUGUUCUCUCUCUCUCUCUCUCUCUCUCGUUCAAUUUUUGGGCGAAGAUACCUCGUCGCUUCCUUCCCUUUUUCAUUAAAUAGAAUAAUCCAACAUUUUGAUUUACUUACCUCCUUUUUCAGCAAUUCACUCAGUAUUAUUUAUAUUGGUGUGCAUUAUGGAAAUAUUGACCAAGUUACAGACGAGAACUCUUACCUUUUAGUUCGUAACUCUUUGUGGUUGAAUUCGAAGGAAUUUGUGUUGCCAGUUUAGACAUGGAAUUUGUGUUUAGAAAACCAAACGUAAGUUUAUAUUCGAAAUUCUUGUAUAUUGACUGGCUAAUAUGGGUAGCGUCGAAAUCAGAAUACCGUCAUUUUCAUCCAUUUUUACGCGAAAUAACCUUCUCAUUGCCAUGUGUGCAUUGAUUCGUUUCAUGAAAACGAGGUCAAUCUUGUUAUUUCUAUCAAUGGUGUCACUAACAACGUCAACUCUCUGCCUGUGGCACAGCAUGUGAUCUUUGACAAUUUUCCCUUUUUUGUUGUAUAUUUCAUUAAGAACAACAUAUUCCAUCCUCUCUAAUUCCUUUCCUUACUACCUUUUCAUUGCCUAAGCUAGCGGAGAACUGAAAGAUUCGGAAGUCUCUCAAGCCCAGCUUGGGGCUUUCUUUGCUGCGAUGACAAUACGUGCAAAUGCAUUUCCAGAAGACACACAAUGGAGUGAGGGAGAGGCACGUGUGAUGAAGGAAUUCUGGCCACAGCUGGUUCAAGUUCUUUCUCCUGAUAUUAUCUUUAUAGCAGAUCCUGAGGGUACAAUAAUGGGAGGCAGUUCUGUUGGUCCUCAAUUUGUUGGCCAGAGCACUGCUGAGAUGAGAUUGGUCGGUGCUCUGAGAGAGGUGCUAGCAGGUGGGCAUCUAGGUUUUGAGGAGGUGCAAGGUGUUUUAAAGGAUGUUCUCCCUCUGGAGUCUGAGGAUGGAAAGUCGAAAAAGGUCAGCGAAUCGCUGAUCUCUGCAUUUUUAAUAGGACAGCGAAUGAAUAGAGAGACAGACCGUGAACUGAAGGCCUAUUGCCUUGCUUUUGAUGGGGAGCCAGGUGAUAUAUUCUUUGGCUAAUUUUUUUCCCAUUAGGUUUUAAGAAAAUCGUUCUGACAACUUUUCUAUUUGUCAGGCUCUGCUCCUGUGGCAGAUGUGAAAUCAUUGACUCACUAUGGUGAGCCUUAUGACGGAAAUACACGAUUCUUUAGGAGCACAUUGUUUGUUGCCGCAGUGAGAGCUUGUUACGGAGAGUCUUGCCUACUUCAUGGUGUUGAUUGGAUGCCUCCUAAGGUCCAAAAAAAUCUGUUCCUUUUAUUCUAUGUACUGUAUCAUAUCAAUUUUUUUCAACUUUUUAUGCUUGGUUGUUCAAUUGUUGGGCAUAUUAUUUUCAAUCUAUUUAAAGUGUCGGACCUUUGUGGUUUCUAGGGGGGUGUCACCGAAGAACAAAUGCUGAAAUUCAUGGGUGCCAAUACCCAUUUGUCCCCGUUACAAGCAAAAAAGCUCCUCGAGGUGCAUCUUACAGUUUCUUGUGAUUGGUUUCCUUGAAUGCAGAUGUUUUAGAUAUUGUAUACAUCAUCCUUUAUUUUUUCAGGAUGAGAAUGUCGGUCUGGCCUAUGUAAGUCAACGCGAAGCAUGCCCUUCUCUGUAUGUGUUCUUACUACUGUAUCCUUGUAUAGCUUUCAGUGACUUAUUUCUGAGGUUCAAUGUCGCUCUAUAUGCACUUUCCUUUUCAAAAGUGGACCAUGAUUCAGCUCAAUGCUCUGGGAUUCAUAUGGCUUGUACAGUAUAGUGGAACAAAAAUGUUCAUCCGCUGAUUAAUUGUAGUUUCAGUUUAGGUAUUGACUAUUUGUAGCAUGCCGAAUCUCUUUUGGAAAUCAAAAGUUUCUCUUGAACCUUUCUUUUUUGCAUCAGGUAGAGUAAUUUGGCUAAAUUUUCACAAUUUUUCCUCAGUUAAGAUUUCGCGCACAUAGAGUAGUUUACUGUCAGAGACAGUGUUCCAAGUUUCACCUUCUUGUACUUUAUUUUCUUCUACUCGGGUUAGGUAAUUUAAUGAUUACUGAAAAUCUCAUUUGAUUAAAUGGCGUUACCAUCUUAGUAUUUGGAUCUGAUUAAUUCGAAACUACGUCAGUCAAGAAGAAAUUCGUAUUCAACAAACUAAUGUAGCUCCCCGGAUUCUGAAUUAUCUGAGCUCAUACUUAUACCACCCUCCACCCGAUCCAUCACGCCCUCAUAUUUGUAUUUGCACCAGAUAUCCUGCAAAUUGUUCUUUUGUGAGUGCUCCAUCUUAUGGCGCGGAUACUCUGUCUUGAGUGAUGGCUGUAGAUCGUGGGCAGCCCCUCCUCUCCUGGCUUUCAAUAAUAUGUUCCUUUAAAUCGCUCUGCUUGUUCUUAAGCUCGGAACCUGAGCUUAAAAGGAGAUCUGCUGGCUUACUUCCCGAUGUGGAUUGGUUGACGUUGGAUGUUCCAAUCUUACCCAGAGGAUGUGAGCCCAUUCUUCUAAAAGUUAAAUACAAAAUUUUGAUUAGUUAUAUCACUGCUGAUGUUAAGAAGACACUGUCACGUACUUCAUUUCAUUUUGAAUAUGAUGACAUUUUUUAAAUUGAUAUCCACUAUUUUUCAUAAUAUUUUAAUCCUUAGCAUCCUCUCAUCAUAAUGAUCAUUCUUACGAGCAAGGUUCCUCAUGCACAGAUUGAUUCUGCAGAUAUUCCUUAAUUGCCCUCAGAGAGCACAUCAAAAAACGACCGCCAUUGGCAACUUCUGAAAAGGUUCAGCAAAUUGUGAGGGUCAGUCUAUCCAUCCCUAUCAGAUUAUCGGGCCCAUAUGUUUAGUCGUGGUAAACUCUCUGUUACUGACACUUGGCCUUUCCUUCAGGCUCGGGGGAGGGAAGCUAUUAUUGCUGGAUUCUAUCACGAAGGUUACGUAGAUCCCCUGCUGAUGCUCAUGAAAAGAAGAAGUGUCCACUCUGGUUUAGUUGUAAAGGUUGUUUCUUGGUACUUUCAAAAAACACGAAUUUUAGCUUUACCAUUUAUUUCAACCCAGCUUCUCUAUUUUUUUUCAAUUACCCUCAAGAAAAAAGCAUCUAUAUUACCUUCCGCAAUAUCUGUUCUCAACCACAUUUUCCAUUUUCCGAAUUUCCAUGGUGGUUGGAUUUUCUCUUUUUAUAGAUCAACUUGCGGAUGCCCAUUUAAGUUAAAUUCUUGGGAAAAUAAAUUUGGUUCAUAAAGACUUCAUUCUCUAGGCUUCUGGGUUUCCAUUUCUUUUAUUACUUGGGUUACUGCGAGAUGUUUUCUCUGUCUGGAGUGAGCUGGCUAACUUGCCAUCUUUGGAUACCUUUCCAUUCCUCAGGUUAUUUUGUGGAAGCAUAUCUACACAAAAUAGGCAAAAACAUUUCAAAUUAUCCAGCUGUUGGUUCCGUUUUUCUUUCGGAUUAGUUUGGUUUUUAUCAAGUCCAUGUGCUCAUUAGCUCUAUAAUUCCUCAGUUUUACAAUACGUUGAUUACAAUAAAUGCAUUGACAUUAUGGGGGGGAGGGAUUUAAGAUAUGAUUUAGUUCUCACAUUUAUGGGUUUCUUUUGGGUGAGCGACAUAAUUACCAAGUAACUUGGUAACAAAUGCCAUUCACAAGAAGGCUUUUUUUUUUUUUCAUUUCGAAGAUACAUAGUUAAUCGAGGCCUUACAUGCAGAGAGUACUCUGGGUUCAUUGAACGGACUUGAUUGUGAUUUCUAGUCCACGAUCUUUCACAUAUAUAAUUAGACCCAAAAUUGGCCAGGUUUAGAACAGAUCGACCCAGAAUCUGAUGAUUAACUUGUAUGGUCCAAUUCAUGGCCAAACACAGCCUGAUUUCCUUGCCAAAUUGAGUAUAUAAAUGGGCUCAAGGUACCCCCGAUAUUUCAAUGGGAGCAGUCUUUCUCUCCGGUAGCUUCUUUUUUCGGACCAAUUAUAUUUCACUCAGAAAUGAUGUGGAUUUAUUUAUUUAUUUAUCAUCUCGAGGCUAUUUUUCUUGUAUCAAGAUUUUAGCUGAUGAAUCUUGAUGUCUCUGUUGAUGCAGGGUGAAGAAGGUGCACUCUCAAUGACGACAAAGGCGAGGUCGGAAAACGCAUCAAAAGGUCUUCCUGUGAACUACUGCUCAGGCUUCCGUCCGCCGGAUGAUGAUUUGGCUCCUGAUGUUGAUGGUACCACCAUAACCAGCUGGUUAAUCGCAUUCUUCCUCUUUUAGUAUAAUUCUAGGAAGAAAAAACCCUAAAUCUCCUCCAAUAAAUUUUACCAUCUAAUUAUUUUCUCAUGUAUCGAUAACUGUAGACUUAGAUUCACAGAAGCCUCUUAUUAUCCCAAUUCUCAUAAUGUUACCAUCAUCAUCAUCAUCAUCAUCAUCAUUUUUCCUCUUUCAGUAUAAUUCGGGAAAGAAAAAACUCUAAAUCUCUUCCAAUAAAUUUCACCAUCUAAUUAUUUUCUCAUGUAUCGAUAACUUUAGAGAUAAACGUUUUAUUAGAUUCACAGAAGUCUCUUAUCAACCCGGUUGCUCACAAUGCUAUCAUCAUAUCAUCAUCAUUAUCGUCAUCAUCAUCAUCAUCAAAUGAUCAUUUUUCCUCUCAGUAUAAUUCUGGGAAGAAAAAACCCUGAAUCUCGUCCAAUAAAUUUCACCAUCAGAUGUAUUGAUAACUUUAGGGAUAAACGUUUUAUUAGAUUCACAGAAGCCUCUUAUUAACCCGGUUGCUCACAAUGUUAUCAUGAUCAUAUCAUCGUUAUCAUCAUUAUCAUUAUUAGUUGGGAUUAUCCCACGAAUUAGGCCACCGGAUUAGCAUCAUCCCAAGGACGGGCAGUAAUUAAUUUGUAUUUUUUUUUUGUUUUUUUGUUUUUAACUGAGAGUAGAAAGUUGGUGAGGUUUUCUUCGAUGCUUCUGUGGUCAGGGAUAUCACGCCAGAGCUUCAGCCUGGUGGUCGAUGCGAAGAGCUAUGGCUUCGAACCGUCAGAAACCCCAAGAACUGACAGAUCGGUAUACAAUCUAUUCCCCUGUCUCUGACACGUACUUUCAGUUAUCCAAACAUGAUAAAACUGCGUUUUCACAUGUGGGUUUUAUGAAAUGUAUUUACCGAAUCACUGAUAGUCGUCUUGAGUGGGCGUUCCCUAAGAUAUCAUCAGUCGCCGAGGAUACUAGAACAAAACCUCUUAAGUCUAGUUAUUAGUGUAAUCAGCCUCCCUCCUCUCUCUCUCUCUCUCUCUCUCUCUCUCUCUCUCUCUCUCUCGCGCUCGCUAUCAAUGUACUUACUGUCCUUUUCGGCCUUCCCCCCCUAAUGAGCCAUCAGUUAUCUUCUGUAUAUAUAUAUAUAUAUAUAUAUAUAUAGAUAUAUAUUUAUAUUUAUAUUUAUAUAGUUGAGGAACAGCAGUUCACCCACUCACCUGUCCUUUGAUAACUGGUGAAACCUUCUCUAAGCUUCUUCUAUGUUUCUUUUUAAGGCUGGGCGUCAAAACCCACCCAGCCUUCAAGGCCGGCGCCUUCCAUCUGUCCUCUCUCCUAAUAUUUUUUUCGGCGUGGAAUAUUAUUUAUGUAUUUAUUUAUUAUUUUGUGUGUAGGUGUUGAGGAACAUAGAACUGGGGCUGUCGGCGCUGAGCGGGGAGAAGGGCCCGGCCUACGACCGCAUCGUGCUCAACGCCGCGAUUGCCGACCAUCUGCUCGGCUGCAGCGGCGCCGAGGACCCCGCCUCCGCCUUCGCCAGGGCCCGGGAGGCCAUCGACAGCGGCAACGCCCUCCACAGGCUCAUCAACUACAUCAAGAUCUCUCACAAACUCACCUGA